AUGGCACAGGAGCCAUUCACUCGGAACACUGAGUCGAAUUUGGCGACCGGCGACGACGCGCUGGGACCCCAGAGAGAGUCAGAGAUCGUCAUGUCAAUCAUCGUACGGCCAACCCCAACCCCAACCCAACCCUUUCACUUCGAUUUCUUAUUAGCGGAUUAUUAG